AUGGUUGAGAAGGAUGAGCUGAUCAACCGUGUUCGGACGCAAAUGAUUGGCAAGAUGGAUGAUAUAGAACCUGAGCAACGUACUGAAGAGGCAGCAACUUUUGUAUUUAGGGAGGUACUAGGAUAUAGACUAGGGUAUGCUAGAGGUCUAGGCGAGAUGAUAAUAUCGGAGUCUACGAGUAAACAUGAGCGUGAACGGGACAAACAUUAUGCUAAAGAAGUGAAAAGACACGAAAAAGAGGUUGAGUAUUACAAGAGUCAGUUUGAGGAAUUGAGGGGAGAUGUUAAGAGUACUUUUGGAGAGGCAGUGUAUUUGUACUGGCUUUUAGUAGCAGCUCUCUAUCAUCUCUCUCCUCAGCCGAGGGAUAACUUUUACGAUAUGUCUGUUUUCUUGACAACUUUUGCCUCUUCUGUUCUGCGUCUUCUCGUCUUCCUCUUUAUUUAUGAUCGCCUCGCGUACUUCUUUAAACUUGAGGCUCCAAAGUGGAACCUAGGGAACAUUUUCAAACAUUCUGCAUAUAGCCUGCUGUGGUUGGAUCCGGUAUACGAACGGUACAAUUCAUAUCGAGGUACGGCUACAGCCCACGAUUUAGCGGCUCGCUAUCCUUUCCUCGCUCGUUAUGCAGUCAAAACCUCAGCUGACCUUUACAAGACUGUUUUUGACCUCCUGGUGUCGGUAAAUAUCUUCCUAGGUCGCUUUGACUUGCGUAUAAUGCAGGCAGUAACGAGUCAAGUUCAAGAUGGAGCUCGAGAACACAAUCGUGGAGCCCGAGAUCAACAGAAUCUUUUGUAUGAUUUUAGUAAAAAGGAUGAACUGUGGUUCGAUUUCAUGGCUGAUACUGGCGAUGGUGGGAAUUCAGCUUACACUGUGACACGUCUACUUGCUAAGCGUGCCAUUCGUUGUAAUGGCACUAAUGGCACUAAGCUUACCUUAAAACGAGGAGACUUGCUACUCAUUGGAGGGGAUCUUGCGUACCCUAAUCCGUCAAAAUACACAUAUGAAAGGCGCUUCUUACGUCCUUUCGAGUAUGCUCUUCAACUGCCUAACAAUCAUAAGCGGGAUCAUGGUCAUGUUGGACCUCAGUGUUUUGUUAUUCCCGGAAACCAUGAUUGGUUUGAUGGUCUUCAAACCUUUACGAAGUAUAUAUGUGAGAAGAAGUGGUUGGGCGGGUGGUAUAUGCCUCAGAAGACGUCUUAUUUCGCUGUAAAACUUCCUCAAAGAUGGUGGAUUUUCGGUCUUGAUCUUGCACUCGAUGGUGAUAUCGAUACCUACCAAUUCCAAUUCUUUUCAAAUCUUGCAAGGGAAAAGAUCGGAAAAAACGACGCUGUGAUCGUAAUGACACACCAACCGGACUGGCUUGUUGAUUGGUACGAAACUGGUACUGAUGUCGAAAGGGAUAAUCUGUCAGAGUUGAUCUGUAACAUUUUGAAAGAAAGGUGUAAGCUUCGAAUUGCUGGGGACAUACAUCACUAUAUGCGCCACUCAAUGGUACCUGAAUCGAAUGAUUUAGUUUAUGCACAGCAUCUGCUUGUAAAUGGUUGUGGCGGAGCAUUCUUGCAUCCCACCCAUGUUUUUGGUGAUUUUAAAGAAUCGCAUGGGGUUUCCUAUCAGUGCGGAGCUAGUUAUCCAGACAAAGAAACGUCAAGGAGGCUUGGAUUUAGAAAUAUUUGGAAAUUUCGAAAGGAGAAUUCGCAAUUUGAUUUUGUUGGGGGCAUUAUGUACUAUAUGUUGGUCUUUUCUAUGAUCCCACAGUGUGAGCUUGAUCACGUCUUUGAAGUAGAUUCCAAGUUGGGUUUUUGGAGAACCUGUUUCCGUACGCUGUGGAAUGCUUUUAUAUACAUGCUGGAACACUCUUACGUUUCUCUAGGAGCUGCUAUGAUGUUGGUAGUCGUGGCAAUGGCAUUCACACCGUCCAAAGUGUCAUGGAAGAAAAGGGUAGCGAUUGGAAUUCUUCAUGUUUCUGCACAUCUCUCUGCAGCUCUAAUUCUUAUGCUGGUGCUGGAACUGGGUGUUGGGGUGCUUGUCCACCAUAAACUAUUGGGAACUUCAGGGUAUCACUCUUUAUAUCGAUGGUAUGAAUCACAAGAAAAAAGUAGGAACUUUGGUCUUUCAAAUGGAACACGAGCUGGUAUAGAACAAUGGAGUUCUGACCUUUAUUCUACAUAUGUCAAGAAUCUCAUGUUUGCAUUUGAUGUGCCAGAGCUCAUGGCUGUCACACGGAUCAAUAUUUGCAAGAAUGGGAUCGCAUCUCUCGCUCGAUUGGACACCAUUUUUUACUAUGGCUCAGUGUUCCUUUAUUUCUGGCUCUUGUCAACCCCUGCAGUUUCAUAUGUGUUUGGAAUCUAUCUAUACAUCUGUGUCAACUGGUUAGACUUGCAUUAUGACGAAGCCUUCUCCUCUCUUAGGAUUGCCGAUUACAAGGCUUUCACCCGAUUUCACAUCGACUCUAAUGGCGAUCUUCAUGUUUACACCCUUGCAGUUGAUAAGGUCCCACUGGACUGGAAUUUAGAUCGUCGAUGGAUGACGGAGCAAAAUGAACACCCAAACAAGUUGAGCUACAAUAGAGAUUUUCCCAGCCAAUGGGAAGCAGCUGAUCCGGACAAGGACCCGUUAAGUACUGUGAGGAUCAUUGACGAAUUCGUCAUUCAACGAUCGAAUACGUCAUGGAUUAGGAGAAAUUCCCCUCCAGGGGAAAGUCUUUUCACGAAAUUGUAUUCGCUUCUUCACCAUAUCACCAAGACAUGA